UCGGAGUUAUUAAGAAGGCGGUCCGGGUUAGCCGAUGCUAAUGCUAAGCUCUAAGGCCGAGGAAGCUAACGUUGUUUACCCACAAAACCAGCUCAUUUUGUCGUCGCGAGUCUCGUGUUCUUGUCUGUUUUUUGGUCCGUAUGGUGUCUCGCAAGCAGAAGCGGGUGUGGAGAUACGUGGAGGAGGGCAGCCUGCUAAAGCUGAAGUCGUACCUGCGGAAGCACCGGGACCUGGACGUGAACUUCUCCCAGGGCAAGAGGGAGAGGGGCCCGCUGCACCUGGCCUGCUGCCUGGGAGACGACGCCGUGCUGCGGCUGCUGCUCGAACACGGAGCCGAUGUCCUCCAGAGGGACCGAAAAGGAGACACAGCGUUACACACCGCAGCUAACAGGGCUCUUAAACACGGGAAAACAGCCUAUGCUGACCUGGUUGUCCCCCUGAAGAAGAGCUGCCCAGAAGCUCUGACUGUUCCCAACAGUGCUGGAGUCACACCUGAAGACCUGCUGAACUGGCUGAGACAGAAAGAGACUGUGGGAAACAUGAGCCGUCCUUCUGAAAGAGACCCUGAGAAGGAGUGGCUGGAGAAGCUGUUUGGUGAAUGCGAGGAUGAAUUCAAUGAAACCUUUGGAGUAUAUGAUGCCGACGAUUAUCUUGCUGUUGAUGACGAUGAUGCAGACUUCGGGGACUGGGCUGAUCGCAUCAGAAGAGAGUAUUUCGAUAAAAAGCACGCCGAAGCUCAGAGACUGGCUGCGUCGUCCUCUGGGUGGAAAAGAAGGAAGAGCAAACAGGAGAGGGAGCAGGAAGAGCAAAGCAACAGAGAGCUCCAUGAGAGGCUGCAGAGGGAGCACGAAGAGUAUCUGGCACGAGCGGCGCGUAAAGAAGAAGAGACUCGGCUGGGUAAGAAGCGCAGGUACGAGGAAGGCUGCGCUGCUACUUUUAACGCCGGCUCGUCGGCUGGCAGCGCAAAGCUGGGCUACAACGACAUCCCCUGGCCAGCUCCACGAGGAACGGUGCAGGAGAUGGUCGAUGUGAUGCUGCACGGCGUGGACCGAAAGGACGUGCCGGUGUUUCGUAAAAUUCUCCGGAAGCAGCAAACGCUGUGGCAUCCUGAUAAGUUUGCCCAGAGAUGUGAAGCUCGGUUGGAGGAGAAGGACAAGCAGAGGAUCCUGGACACGGUCACAGCUCUGUCACAGGAGCUCAACAGACUGGCCCAGAGUCUGAGGACUUGAACUGAUGCAAAUCAUAUGUUGUAUGAUUUCUAUAAAUAAUUGUAAACUCUGUAAGCUGGGAUGCACCAAUCCACUCUUCCUCCCAUACAGCUAGCUAAGUUGGCAUUGGACCGUUUUUUUUUUACGUCAGUAUUGUAACGGUGCAAAGACAAAAGUAGUUACAUUAAUGUGAAAUAAACAGUCCAGCUCAGUCUCGAU